AAAUCAACCAUACCCUUACGUUACGUCAUAACAACAAAAACAUGUCGGACAAAAAGGGGCUGAGUAUUCCUCGGCGUCUGCCACUUUUACUAGUGGGAGAUGCCGUGCUUUUACCUGGAGCAUCUAUGAGAAUACCUGUUAACAAUCCAACAAAUAUGAACAUGGUGAAGAGUCACAUCCUACGUCAUAACACCUUGACGAGCACAGUCAUUGGAGUGGUACCAAAGAAUCCAGAGAAGGAAGAGGUGUUGGAUAGUAUGCACGCUAUUGGCACAGCUGGAGUUGUUGUUCAAGUAACUGGCACCAACUGGCCGAGACCAGCUUACACUCUGCUUGUAACUGGUUUGUGCCGGUUCAAAGUGAAUCGCCUGCUCCAGGAGGAGCCGUAUCCAGUGGCUCAGGUGGAGCAGUUGGACAAGCUACCCGGGGAUGUUGCCGUUUUGGAAGCAGACGCUGAAACACUACCUGUUGCAGAUGACUUUCGUGAGCAAGCAACAAGGCUUCUAGAACUCCUAGAUAUCACCACACCUGUUGUGGCCAAACUCAAGAGGUUACUUGACAGCCUGCCCAUCACAAGACUUCCAGAUAUAUUUGCGUCCAUCGUCAAGGCAUCCUACAACGAAAAACUGGAGGUGCUUGACGCAGUUGACCUUGAGAAGCGCUUCCAGAAGACCCUCCCCCUCCUGGCUCGUCAGAUAGAGGGCCUGCGUCUCCUCAGGCACGCCAAGCGAGGGAGUGACAACAAUAGAAUGCCUCAUGCCUUGAAGGAGGACAAAGAAAAUCGCGUCGUCGUCUUGAAGAACAGCCCUGGGAGACCGAGGUUUAUCGAUCGCCAUGAGAAGAAUGAUGAUAACGAGGGCGAGGGAGAUGAGAUCUCAGAGCUGGAUCGAAAGAUCAAGGAUGCUAAUAUGCCCAAGCAUGCGCUGAAGGCAUGUCAGAAGGAGCUGAAGCGAUUGAAGAAGAUGCCCAGCGCAAUGCCAGAGUAUGCCAUGACCAGGAACUAUCUGGAGCUGAUGUCAGAAGUGCCUUGGUCCAAGCAGUCUAAGGAUACUCUGGACAUCAAGCAAGCAAGGAUUGAUCUCGAUGCCGAUCACUAUGGCCUAGACAAGCUGAAGAAGAGGGUGAUUGAAUACCUGGCUGUCCGUCAGCUGAAGAACUCCCUCAAGGGUCCUAUCCUCUGUUUCGUUGGUCCACCAGGUGUGGGCAAGACCAGCCUUGGUAGAUCCAUUGCCCACACACUGGGGAGGGCCUUCCACAGGAUUUCCCUUGGUGGCUGUUGCGACCAGUCUGACAUCAGAGGUCACAGACGAACCUACAUAGGAUCCAUGCCAGGCAGGAUCAUACAUGGACUCAAGAAUGUUGGAGUCAACAAUCCCGUCUUCCUCCUCGAUGAGAUUGAUAAACUGGGAAAGAGUCUUCAAGGAGACCCAGCCUCAGCCCUCCUGGAAGUCCUGGACCCAGAACAGAACAAUGCCUUCACCGAUCACUACCUGAAUGUCCAGUUUGAUCUGUCUCAAGUGCUCUUCAUUGCCACUGCCAACUCCUUGCAAACCAUUCCACCGGCUCUGAAGGACAGGAUGGAAGUCAUUCAGGUGCCCGGUUAUACGCAAGAAGAGAAGUUCCACAUUGCCAAAGAUCAUCUUAUACCUAAGCAGUUGAAGGAGCAUGGACUCACUUAUGAACAACUGCAGUUUGCUGAGGAUGCCAUCAAAUACAUCAUCUCCAAGUUCACCAGAGAAGCAGGAGUCCGCCAGCUGGAGCGCAAGUUUGGUGCGGUCUGUCGCGCGGUAGCUGUCCGGGUCGCGGAAACGCAGAUGAGCAAACGAAAGCCCUCCGCUGGCUCUUCUUCAGAGGAGGACGCCCCCAUGGCCCCAAGGGGGGACAGGGAGACGAAGGAAGAGGUGAAGACGGAAUUGACAGAUGAGACUUCUUUGGAGCUGACAACAGAGGCCGCCAUUGCCCAUCCUCCUGAGAUGCCCAUUGUCAUUGAUGUUCUGGCAGUGCAAGAUAUACUCGGGACUGCUAUCUACGAAAGUGAAACUAGUGAGAGACUAUCACAGCCAGGUGUUGCAGUAGGAAUGGCUUGGACACCCAUGGGAGGAGAGAUCAUGUACGUUGAGGCCACUAAGAUGGAAGGGGAUGGAGAACUGACCCUCACCGGUCAGCUAGGGGAUGUCAUGAGAGAGUCGGCUCAGUUAGCUCUCAACUGGGUCCGCAGCAACGCCUCAAAGCUGGCCAUUGAUAGCAAGCCUGUUGUAGAUCUGAUGGAGGGGACUGAUGUUCACAUCCACUUCCCUGCUGGAGCCGUGGGCAAGGAUGGACCAUCCGCAGGAGUGACCGUAGUAACAGUACUCGUCUCCUUGUUCAGCGGACGUUGUGUGAGAUCAGACACAGCCAUGACUGGAGAGAUAACUCUGAGGGGACUCGUCUUACCUGUCGGUGGUAUCAAGUCCAAGGUAUUAGCUGCUCAUAGAGCUGGUAUCAAGCACAUCAUCUUGCCCAAGCGAUGUGAGAAAGACCUGGAAGAGAUACCCCAGAAUAUUAGGAAUGAACUGAAGUUCACCCUGGCUACCAGACUGGAGGACGUCCUUCAGAAUGCCUUUGUUGGGGGAUUCCCCACCAUAGAAUCAGCUCGGGAUGACGUCAUCCCCAGCAAGUUAUGAUGAGCUAAGGUAUUCCCCAUGCUGGGAUCACCUUAGGAUGACAUCAUUCGUACAAAGUUAGGAUGAAACUCAACGAUAAGCUUCCUGGCAGAGGUAAUCAACAGUACUCAUUUCAGUCAGAUCAAUGAAGAAAUGCAGGGCUGAGGAAGGGAAGGAGUUCAAGAUUCAGAGUUUAUUCCAAAUUUCUUAAAACAAAAAAGAAGUAGAAGAAGAAGGAGAAAAGAAAGACAGUUAAUGACCGUUCCAUCUGCCCUGUUGGUAUCACUGUCUCUGUAUAUUCAUCAUUUCAAUUCUUUUAUUCAUAAACAUUUUGUAUUGUAUUUCCAUAUGCCAUUAUUUCAUGCAUGCAAU